AUGUUAAGUGUCACGGAAGAUAUCCUCAUUUUUAUUGUGGUUUGUGAGACAGUGUUGGGGAGCUUAGGGAAUGGAUUUAUUGGACUUGUAAACUGUAUUGAAUGUGUCAAGAAUAAGAAAUUCUCUGUGAUUGGCUUCAUUCUUGCUGGUUUGGCUGUUUCCAGAAGUUUCCUGAUAUGGAUACUAGUUAUAGAUGGAUUUUUAAAGACUUUUUUUCCAGAUUUUUAUGUCUCUAGUGGCUUAAUUGAAUGUAUUAGUUACUUAUGGAUAAUUAUCAAUCAAUCAAGUCUCUGGUUUGCUACCAGCCUUAACAUCUUUUAUUUUCUGAAGAUAGCAAACUUUUCCCACCACAUUUUUGUCUGGUUAAAGAGUGGACCUAAGAGAGUCCUUCUCUUCCUUACAGGAUCCUUGCUUAUUUCAUGGUUACUUUCCUUUCCACAAACGGUGAAAAUUAUUAAUGGUCAUAAAGCCCAGAAUGGAAGCAGAGCCUGGCACCUUAACAUGCAUAAAACUGACUACUUUUUUAGCCAAAUUUUAGUCAACCUGGGAGUCAUUUUUCUCUUUACUGUCUCAUUGAUUGCAUGUUUCUUGAUAAUAAUUUCCCUUUGGAGACAUAAUAGGAGGAUGCAACUGAAUGCUACAGGGUUCAGAGACCCUAGCACAGACGCCUAUAUGAGAGCAACGAAAAUGUUGAUGUCUUUUAUGGUCCUCCUUAUUUUGUAUUUUGUAGGUAUUACCAUAGAAGUUUCAUGUUUUGUUUUGCCAGAAGAAAAACUGCUAUUUUUAUUUGGUCUGAGUGUCACACUCAUCUAUCCCUGGGGUCACUCAUUUAUCCUAAUUCUGGGAAACAGCAAGCUAAAGCAAACUUCUUUGAGAGUACUGCAGCAAUUAAAAUGUUACAAGAAAAGGAAAAAAUCUCAGUGUUCCGUAGCCAUGUUUGGAGAAAAAUAG